GUUUGGAAGACGAACAUGGCCGAAUACAAAAUAUCUUCAACAAAAUUGUGAAAUAAACUAUAAAAGUAACCAAAAAUUAUCAAUAAAAUGCCUUUGGAUUUAGGAACUAUGCGUUAUGCUCACUGUGAAGGAUACACAGAUGUCUGCUACGACAAUGAUGGAAGGUACUUGAUCACAUGUGGAUCAGAUGGAGAUGUGAGAAUCUAUGAUGGAUUUGAUGAUGAUGAUCCCAAAUCGUUCAGAGCUGGAGAGGAAGUAACCGCAGUUGCUUUUCAGGACAACAGAAUUUUAGCAGGAGCAGACUGUGCUGUAAAAUCUACACAUUCCGAAGGAACUCCUGAUGGUAUGAUAACAAGAUUUCCUGCCACCAUAAACUCUUUGUGUUGUAGUAAAAGUGGAAAUUAUUUAGCUGCUGGAGCAAGUGACUUCAACAUCAAAGUAGUUGAGGUUCAGAAUAGCAGUCACAAACUACUAAAAGGUCACGAAGCACCCAUCCUUUGUGUUGCCAUGGAUCAGAACGAAGAAUUCUUGGUAUCGUCCAGUUGUGAUGGCACUGUAAAAUUUGGAAUUGGAAAGAACAGAAAUGUUUGCGAUCGCUGAGCCUUUUAGAAGAGUAACGAUUUUAGCGUGGCGAAGAGUCUUUGUAAGCUUGAGUUUCAGCCCAAGGAGAAUGGUUGUUUGGCCAUUCCUGUGGCAAAGGAAAUAAAGAUUUACGAAAAAGAAACUUGGAAAUUACUUUAUGUGUUGAAAGUUGAUGAUUCUGGAUCCGGUUCUCAGUCUGUUUCCAUUGUAAAAUGGUCACCAUGUGGAAAUUAUCUUGCAUCUGCCACAAUCAACGGGGAAUUUCUCAUUUGGUCGAUAAAGACCAAACAAGUCGUUGAAAGGGCACAACAUGAGAAAUCACUGCCGAUUACAAGCCUCGUUUGGAACCCUACAAAGAAUGGGGAAAUAGCCUACACAGAUAAUCAAGGUCAACUUGGUCUUUGCACAGACGUCAUUCCAUCGGAUUCAACUGUACAAAAAACGAACGUUGUUGAUCCGUUGAAUGCUAUGGCUAACGAGUUUAUUGAUGAUGAUGAUAAUAGAAGCGAGACAGAAAGUUUGUUAGGAGUGAAAAAUAGAGGACGUUUGAAGAAGUCAUGGUUGGACGAUGAAGCUGAUGAAGAUGAUGACUACGAUGAUAAUAUAACUGAUUUGGGCAAAAUAAAAGCGGAAUUGGCUGGACCACUGGGUUUGGAUGUUGAUGAUGACAUGACGUUGGCAGACAGUAUGAAAAACGUCACAGAGACAAAUAUUGAUAACAAACCAAUUGUGUUCCAACAACCGCAGACUUUUCAACAGCAACCAUUUCAACCUGGUUCAACUCCUGUUCACCUUAUGCAUCGAUUCAUGGUUUGGAAUCAUGUCGGUAUUGUACGAAGUCAUUCCGAAGAGGAACCGGCGUCUAUUGACGUUGAGUUUCAUGACAGUAACCUCCAUCAUUCCAUGAAUCUCAUCAAUGAAUUGAACCACACAAUGGCAGCUAUUUCAAAUCAAGCUGUCUUACUUGCUUGCCAAGCAAACGAUGAGAUUCCGAGCAAGUUGGUGUGUUUGCAUUUUGGAACCUGGGACCGAUCAAAAGAAUGGAGUGUAGCCAUGCCUCAAGGGGGAAGAUAUAAUGGUGAGUUUCAUGCCAUCGCUGUUGGUAGUAGUUGGGCGGCAGCCAUAACCAAUCAGGAUCUACUACGUGUCUUCACAAUCGGUGGUCUGCAGAAGGCGUUGAUCUCUGUACCUGGUCCUGUUGUCUGUAUGUCUGGUUUUGGAACACAAUUGAUUGUUGUUUAUCACAAUGGUGUCGGUGUAGCGGGAUCGCAGUGUCUUGCUGUCAAGCUAAUUGAUCUUGAAACAAAUACUCAAGUACUUUGUGAUCAGCGGUUGCCUUUGUCACCAAAAGCCAACCUCUCGUGGCUCGGAUUUUCCCUGGAGGGAACUCCUUCCACCGUGGAUUCUCUUGGAGUUGUUCGUUUAUUAAAUCGUUCACUUGGCAACACCUGGAUUAAUGUUGCCAAUACAAAAACUGAGGUUAAGAGGUCAUCUGAUAACUACUGGGUUGUAGGCAUUACAGAAACUUCACAGCAGAUCAGAUGUGUUCUUUGCACUGGUUCAACAUAUCCUCCUACUUUGCCAAGACCACUAAUAAGUUCUCUGUCAUUGAAGUUGCCUGUAUGUGAAGUGGAUACGGAGAAAGGACAGCUGGAGGAAAACUACCUACGAUGGAGGCUUUUGAUGAACAGAUAUGAUCAUGAAAGUGAGAGAGGCGUUGUUAUAGAAGAUGAAUUGUACGAGCAGAAUAAGACUCAAGUGAAGCAACUGCUCAUGAAAAUAUUUGCUUUGUCAUGUAAAACCGAAAGAGAUUUUCGGGCAAGAGAAGUUUGUGAACUACUCCCAGAUGCGUAUUCCGUGAGCUUAGCGAUAAAAUAUGCCUCGCGAAAUCGUCGCAUGAACCUUGCUCAAAGACUGGACGAAGUAGCAUUACAUAAAGCGGAAGAGGAAGCAGCCAAUCAACAUGAACAAUUCGAUGAUAUGUACAACAUAAAAGAGGAAACAGGUCGCAAAAGUUCAGAUUUGUUUGAAAGAGAAAACCGAACACAGAGAAAUCAUGUAGUAGAAGAGUACGAAGAUGACACAAAAAACGACGAAAAAUGCAACGAAUCUUUUGAAUCACCAUUACAAGUCUCAACGAUGCCGAAAGCUAGCCGUUGUUCGCUGUCAAAGCGCUUGCCGAAUUUCCAUCAUAGAUUUUACCAUCAGGAUACUCCUCAACGAUGUAAUCCUUUCAAAGUGAAUAAAGAAAAAUCAACGGCAAAUGAUAGCAGCAUUAGCUUUUUUGAAAAUGUGGAGAACGAUCGACAAAGUGCCAAGACAUUGGACAAAAAGUCACCAACGGAGAGUACGAAAAGCAAGGCGAGCAAACAAAUAAAGUUGUUUAGCAAAAAGAAACGAAACGACAACAAACAAGAGAGCAAGGUUGAUGAAGUAAAGAUAUCAACGAAACCCACAGAGAAAGCAAUAACUACGAAACCCAAGAAAAAUGCAUUUCAGUGUUGGCUUGAUGUAAUGAAACCUUUCUUUGCCGACGAAAAUCCGGAAAUGUCGGAGGGAGAAAUAAUGAAAAUAGCUGUAAAGCAAUGGAGAGAAACACCAAAAGAAGAAAAACAGGUUUGGGAAAGAAAUUCUGCUAGUGCACCGUCGAUGAACAUUAUGUGUCAAAGUCAAGAGCAUGCAGAAGACGUUACUGGAGCUGGAGGUAAGAAAAUCAAUGAAUUUGAAAGCGAAGUUAAUGAGAUGCAGCAUGAAAGUGAAAUUGAUGAAAAGAAAAGGAAGAGGAAUGAAGAUGGUAAUGAAAGGAUAAUUGGGGAUAUCUCGGAUGAGAAAGAAAAUAUCUCAAAAAAAGUGAAAACUUUUGAUAAGCAGAAGGUUAACUCAAAACUUUCUACAUUUUCUUUCACCAAAUAAGAUUAAUUGGUAAUGUUUGUCUGGGUUGGUUGAGGUCUCAAACCUUGUAACAUAACUUAGGAAUUACAAUUUGAAAAAAAAUGGUUUGCUUCAUGGUAA